UCCUCAGCUGGCUGGAGAUGACAAGCGUCUCACGGCUCGAGAAAACAACCGCUAAUUGUGUGUUUUUACGGACUUUAUGUUUUGAUUUUUGCCCAAGGAAAACGGUCCCGCGAACCGAAUAACCGUCAUUAUUCGUUUACCGAGUCUACAGUUAUUCGCAGAGGCCACACCGCCGCCGUCGGUCCGUAAUAAUGUCAAGUUAGCCAGCCCCGUUGUGUGCCAUGAGGGAGUAAACCUUCUCCGGGGGUGCCAUGCUCGCCACACAGACACCAGAUACGCCACCAGAGGCUAAAGAUGUCAAACAGCAUAUCAAAGAGAAGUUGGCGCUGUCGCUCAAGGCCCUGCAGAAACGCUAUGUGACAUCAGACGCUGUGGUGACCAGUGAUGAUGGUGACGCCAAUCUGCUCUGUUGCGCCCUGGAGGCUAUCUUCAUCCACGGCCUCAAGAGCAAGUACAUUCGCUCUGAUGCGGGGAACCGAAGUAGGAAGGGGGACCGGGGAUCCCUCCCCCAGCCUUUCUUCUGGAGCCUGCUUAAGACUGUCACCCACCGGGAUGUGAUCAUGGAGCUGGAGAAGCUCAGCUUUGUGGGCACUGAUAUAGGCCGCUGUAGGGCGUGGCUGCGCCUGGCUCUCAACCAUGGCCUGCUGGAGUGCUAUCUUGCAUCAUUGUUUCGGGAGGGCUCCAAGCUGCAAGGCCAUUAUCAGCCUACUGCCUUGCUCCUGAAUCCCGAGGAGAGGGAAGUGCUGCUCAGCUACCUCCAAGGUCUUGCCUCACUCACAUUUAGUCUCUCUUAUAAGUCAGCUGUCCUCAACGAAUGGACCACCACUCCCCUGGCUCUCGCCGGACUCUGCCCCAUGUUCCAAGCAGACACAUUCGACCUGCCUCUCAGUGGCGUAGAUCUCGCCAUUUCUAAACCCUUGCGCAAAGAAUCGUGGGACAGGAUGUCCCAGUCUUCAGGCUCAUCCGAUGCAGUGGAUGUGCAGAGAGCGUGUCCGGUGUCACUGGUAGGGAAGGGAACCAGUGGGGGUAGGACUGCUCUCAAUUCAUCUAAUUUGAGCCUUGACACCACAGGCUCCUCUCAGCUCUCUUCCAGCCUGAGCUCGGACAGCCUCCUGCAGGGACAGGACCCUCGCAGCCCAGCUGGGGAGCAGUGGUCCUCAUGUGACCUGGACAUGUCCCCUAAUAUCAACUGCUGCACCAAGAAGCCUCUGAAAGAUAUGCCAUCUGACUUCCGGGAGAGCGGCCACUGUAGUCAGGACUCCAUGCGUGAAGACUCCUUUGUCUCCAGCACGGGUCCGGACCACUUCUCUGAAACUGCCAGUGGAUCUGACAGCGAGACACAUGGCCCUGCUACUCCUUUCCCAGACCUCACGGACCAGCCCCCAACAUCGGUACUUCCCACAGUAGAACCACCAUCCCAGCCGUCAUCCGAUGAAGAGCAUCCUAACCAGUUUGCCCCAGAAGCGUGCUUUAAUACCUCCUCUGAAGUGCACUCAGACACUGACAUGCCCUCAACGAUCAGUGAGCCAGUGGAGCCAGUGGAGGCAGCAGAGAUGACCGAUGUUCAAGAACAUACUGAGCUCAUCCAGGAGGAGAAGGAGGAGAAGGAGGAGAAAAAGGAGAAGGAGGAGAAGGAGGCAGAGACUUCUGCAGAGAGUAGCUCAGAGCCUUCAGCAAAUGUAGUCCCACAGCGCUCAUCCAGUGUGCUCAGCAGAAAAGUGUCCUCAGAUUCCCUCCCACAUUCCCAUUCAUGGAUCUCUGAGGAAGACAUUUACAAGCCCCAUCUGGACGAGGUGUCAGACACAGACGAGUUGUCAGGUUGUGUCAACGGGCUGAGCGCUCCUACACCUGAGCCCAAGGCCCUUCAGUCACCCCCCAGCGUAAUCCAUCGCAGGCAAAUAGGGCUGUCUAACCCGUUCCGUGGCUUACUGAAACUCGGUCACCUAGAACGACGUGGCACCAUGGGAAUGUGGCGUAGCUACUACUGCGAGCUCUCACCAUUUGAGUUCCGCCUUUACCUCAACGCUGAGGAGCGCACGUGCUCUGAGAACUGCUCCCUGGUACGCUGCGAGGAUGCUCGUAUUUCCUUACCCGAGGGCCGCUUUGAGCUGGCCUUUCCUGGGAAGCGACUGUACCUCCGGGCAGCUAAUCGUGAUGAAGCAGAGGACUGGGUGGACCGGAUAGUGGAGGCUGUCAACAAAUGCCGCCCAGCGCCUCGCCAGGAUGACCAGUGGGAGGUGCUGCAACCCUCUGAUGAGAAUGGUCUGGAUGAGCCCUCGUUUUCAUCCCCAUCCUCUGCUCCCUCCAGCCCAGAGCGAGGCGUAUCAUCCACAGACACAGGAAUGGGGCAGCAUGUGCCUCUUCCUUCAGAGGAACUGGACUGGACACGAACCUCUGAUUUGGAGACAGAAGCCAUAAAAGAAGCCGUGUUGUACGUCUCCACAGAUCCUGAGGCUCGGACGUGGGUGCCACUGGUCUUCUCCCUGUCCUUGGAAGCCCUGAAAGGCUUCCAAGUGCAAGAUGGGAGAAAAUCAUUGCGAAUGACGCACUCCAUUGAAGGAAUCCGAGAUGUGGUGCCUGACGUCUCGUUGGGAGGCCCAGACUUCUUCAAAGUCUUGACCUUCCGGGAGACCCUCAGGCUCAGGGCGGAGAACCCUGAGGAGGCGCGCUCCUGGAGGUCCCUGAUCCGUGGGGCUCUGGACUCCUACCUGGACAGUGGGGAGGACGGCGUCUGUGGUGAACCUGCCAUAGUAAGCACAGGGCUGGGGGGCAAUAUCCACAGACUGGUGCAGCACAGACUGAAAGGGGAUGGACAGCUGCUAGCUCAUCUAUGCACCGUGCCCUCAGAAAAGGGACUGGACGCUCAAAACUUCAAGUGUGCAGGGUGUCCCAAGCAGAUUGGCCUCUCCCUGGGCAGAGCCAGGCUAUGUGAGUUCUCAGGCCAGUACUACUGUGACUCCUGUCACCAUGGUGACACUACCAUCAUCCCUGCCCGCAUGGUGCACAACUGGGACCUCAUGCCACGAGAAGUGUCCAGGAAGGCACUGAAUCUCCUGGCUGAGGUCGAACAGGAGCCGCUGCUGAACCUGGAGCAGUUGAAUCCUGAACUGGUGGAGCAUGCUGAGCUCAUGGCUCAGGCCCACAGCCUGCGGCAGAGGCUACGCCUGCUGGGAGACUACCUGCUCACCUGCCGCAGCGGCGCCUGCAAGAAGGUCCAAGCCAGAAUGGAGCAGCGGACAUACCUGUUGGAGUCAAGCCAUUUGUACAGUGUCAAGGACCUACGAGAGAUAGCAGAUGGCCAGUAUGCGGCCUACCUGAACACAUUGGUGCACUUUGCCUCCAGCCAUGUGCACAACUGUGACCUGUGUACUCAGCGUGGCUUCUUUUGCCAGAUAUGUCAUGCCAGUGACAUCAUCUUUCCCUUCCAGUUUGACACUACCACCAGGUGUAAAGAUUGUAAGGCUGUGUUUCACUUGGCCUGCAAGGCCCUCUCACCCACUUGUCCACGCUGCUUGCGGAUGAAGAAAUACCUGGAAAGAGAUCUGCAAGACUGACCGACGCUCACAGAAAGGGUUGUGCGCGGCCCCACUAUGCUUCCUUUCCCAGGAAGCUAUGGGAAGCCCAACAAUGAAAAUAAACCAACAAGAAAAAACAGACACUCUAAAUCUAGCUUUCACAUAAACUAACCUCAAGUGCAAUUAUGAAGUGACUUGCCUGCCACAACUGACGUAAAAAACAUGAAAAGGAAGGUGUAAGUGCUAUAGUAACCAGGCUCUCUUGCACUAAUUUAGAGGCACAGCAAGCCUCAUUUACCAACAUGAAGCUGACAGAAUGCAGUCAGAAGUUACUGACCAGUGAUCUUCAUACCUCUGAGUUCUGAUUCAGCUCUGCCACGGCAUCAAAUGAAGGAUUGAAUCAUGGUGAAGGUCUCUGCCAAGAGUCUUAUCCAAUAUGCUCAUUUGUACAUUGUGGAUUUUUACUUUGUUGGUCUUACUGCUUUGUGUCAAGUACAACUUUUUUUUAACCAUUAUGACAUGUUUACAAGAAAAUGCUCUAUCAAACAUUCUCGUUUUUCCUUCAGUGUACAAAAAUUCAAUAUUCACAUGCUAAAAUGUAAUAUUCACAUAUUGGGGUGGGAUACAUGCAAAAUAUUAAGAGCACUUGAAAUGUUGUAAUUACACAGAUUUUGAUUGUGCCUUCUUUUUAUUUAAGUUUUACACUGUUUUCCUCAGUCUCUAAUAUUGUGCUAGAAAGCAGUGCAAAGAAUUUUAGACUUCUUUUUUUUUUUUUUUUCAAUUGCCAUAAACAUAAGAUCACAUCGUGGCUGAGUAGAUAUGCUGUAUUUAAGGAUGGAACGUUUGAUUUGUGUGUAUGUAAAAAUCAAUCACCAAGAUGAUGUGGAAUGUUUCUUCUUGUCUCAAUAUACCAACGCAUUUUUAGCACACAAAAUUGUAUUGGUGUGUUAAUUUAAGAUUCAGCUCUGUAAGUUAAGAGGGGAGGCUUCAAACAAUACUUUGUGUGCUGCUAGUGUGGUGAGCCUUAUGGAGAUGAUUAAUACAGUGGCUCAAGUGCAUCAAUAGUAAAUGUGCAGUAGCAAAGGAAAUAUUAAAAAGAUGUCUUUGCACAUUAUUUACUUCUUGGGAUGACUGGAUUUAUCCAUGUUUUAUAAUGACAACAUUUAUUUCUCAUUCUCUGAUGUUUUGCGUAUUUGCACUUAGGUAUGACUGUUAAAGGGAUAUUUCAACUAGAGUUUUAGUUGUAAUGUCCUUGAACAUAUGGAGUUAAUUUCAUGUAGAGGUGACAGAUUGAUCUUAUGCCUAAAAAA